AUGUAUGUGAUUGUGCUCAGGAACAAGGGCUUCUCACAAAAUGUUGGAGAUGGCGGUAAGGCUGUGAUAGUUCACCAGAGAGUGCUCAACUCCAGACAGAGGACACAAUACUUGGCAGGCUGGAAGACUCAUGCCUAUAACGAGUACGCCAGUCGGCUCAUCUCUCUACACAGGUCUCUCCCUGACUUCAGACAGACAAGUUGCCACGACAUUCAGUACUCGUCCCACCUCCCUGACACAAGCGUCAUCAUCUGCUUCCACAAUGAGGCUUGGUCAGUUCUGCUGAGGACAUUGCACAGUGUUGUUGACCGCUCACCUCCCGGGCUGCUUAAGGAAGUCAUUCUCGUUGACGACUUUUCUCAUCUGGACCAUUUAAAGACACCGUUGGCAAAAUACGUAAAGUCUACCUUCCCAAAAGUCCGGCUACUUCGAACUUCUCGCCGAGAAGGAUUAAUCAGAGCCCGGCUUAUCGGGACUGCUCAGGCAACUGGAGACACUCUCACGUUCUUAGACUCGCACUGCGAGUGUCAUGUGGGCUGGUUAGAGCCGCUCCUGGAACGAGUAUCUACAGACCAUAAAGUGGUGGCUGUCCCCAUCAUUGACGUCAUAAACAAGAAGACGUUCCAAUAUUCCGCAAGCAAGCUUCUGAUUGGUGGGUUCAACUGGGACCUCAGAUUUAAGUGGACCAAUUUACCGAAAGGAAAAUCGCAAAUCGGAACAACAAAUGGCACUGAAGCGGCAAGGUCACCUACAAUGGCUGGCGGUCUCUUUACCAUCAACAGAAAGUAUUUUCAAGACAUCGGGACGUACGACGACGGCAUGGAAAUAUGGGGUGGAGAAAACCUGGAAAUGUCCUUUCGUGUCUGGAUGUGUGGAGGAUCUGUUGAAGUGUUGCCCUGUUCUAGAGUCGGUCACGUUUUCCGGAAACGUCUGCCCAGUCGUAACUCCAACUUCCGAGAAGUUUUGCUGAGGAACCGCGCCCGUGUGGCAGAAGUCUGGAUGGACGAGUUCAAGGACAUUUUUUACCAGCGUCAAAACGUCACUGUGGUAUGGCUGUACUCUGCAAGUAGCCAACUCCGCACCUACCACGACGGCUGUUUGGAACUAGAGAGCACAGGGGGACCAGACGACAAUCUAAAGGUCGUGACCUGUCGGGAAAACAGCCCAGACCAGCAAUGGGUCAUUAGAGAAGAUGCUAGUCUCUAUCAUGUCGCCUCCAACAAAUGCGUCCGAUCCUUAAACACUGAUCCAAGACUGACCGUCGCAGAAUGCACAGACGAUGUUCAUCAGAGAUGGAUAUGGCAGUGA